GCAGGCGGGCCCCUUCAUUACUGCCGUAGUAUGAGGAAGCCCACUGUCGAGGCGUUGGCAUCAUCUCCCACCCCUUCCUCAGAUAUCCACGCCAUUCGUCCGCUUUCAUCUGACUUUCUCUCUCCUUAUGCCCCUCUUCUUCGUUCACCUUUCUUCCUUCUCUCACCUGUCUUCUCUCCUUGAUUGGUUGGCGGUCUCCUUCUCAUCAUCAUCAAGUCUUUCGCGUACGCGCGUGCGCGCGCGCGAGAGAGAAAGAGUUGCGCACAUUGGUUAAUCUAAUUGCGUUUUGAAUGCUAUCGGUUGAUUUAUUUGUCUGACGGUUCGACUGAUUGAACCCGUCUUUGUGAGGUGAGUUGUGGUGGGUGUUGUGAUCUGGAGGACAGCAGCUCAGGAGAAGGAAGGUAGAAAAGGGUGGGUAGGGGGGCAGGUUGUGAGAUCGAGUGCACGGGGAGAGCCAAGAGGGGGGAUGUCGUGGUUUUUGCGCGCGUUGCGCGAUGAUGACAGUGCAGCGGAAGCGGCGUCGGAGGGAUCGCCGCGGUCUCGAAGCGGAGGAGCGCAAGGCGCGCCCGCCAAACGAGGGGGCGAGAGGCGGGGCAUGCGCGACGACAUCACGGAGCUCAAGGAUACUUUUACUAAGCAUGUGUUCUCCUUCUCUUCUCUUCUCGGGGAACUGGGCGGAUUCGAAGCCAACCAGCGCAUUGGGGAGGGCGGAGGAGGGGGAAGAGGAGGAGAGAGGGGAGAGAGGGAUGACACGUGGACCGGCGAAUUGAGAGGGAGCAAGGAAUCAUCGUCAUUUGCGAGAAGCGCACGUGAUGGAGGCGUCGAGGAACAGGAGACGAACGACGGCGCUGAGUACACUACCACUCUAGUAGAGAGACACCCAUCACAGCGGGAGCGGCAGGGCCUCCUGUCUCCUUCGAUGACCAAGGAGGAGGAAGGGGAGGAGGAGGAGAAGGAGGAGCUGUCUUUCAAGGGGGAUUGGGGCUGGGGUGCAGCCGACACGGGGGAGAAUAGGGACUUCGAACGUGCGACCACGACGGCGAAGGAGGAGGACGAGAAUGAGGGCGAGAGGGAGAGAUGGAGGGACGGAGAGGGAGGAGGUAGAUCCCGCGAGAGUGGCGUGGUGCAUUCCCCCUCCGCCUCGUCAUCGCCCGCGACGACCUUGAGGUCGCUGUCUGCUUCCAUGUCAAGUGGAGGAGGGGGGGAGAGAGAGACACGUGGCGGGUUAUCGCACUCCUUGUCUUCGUCGCCGUCGUUUCCUCCCCGUUCGUCCUCUAUGGCCGCCGCUUAUUCGGGCAAAUUUAGUGGGUUCCGAAGCGAUUUGGCGGAACUGAAGGGGACAGUAUCGAGCGGAAUUUCGAAAAUUUCGCAGAUCUCGAAAAUUUCGAAGAUGUCUUCUGUGUCAUCCGUGCUCAGAGUAGUGACGGGUGAGGAUCUAGUCAAGAAGCCGUACGUGGCCGGCGCCACAGGAGGGAGAAGAGGAGAAGAGGUGGAAGGUGAUGGGAGAGGAGGAGGAGAGAGGCGAGGGGCUGAGGUGGCCAUGGCUGCCCCUGUUGAUGAUGAUUCCCUUGCUGAUCGAUUUGAUGGCAUCUCGAAGAAAGACAAAGACGGUGCGUCGUCGUCUCACCGGAUGAAAUCAUCAGGAAAGGUGGUUGAUGAUGACGUAGCGGCUGCCCCGUCUUCCACGUCAGCAGUCGUGUCCGCCGCCGGCGGCGGUUCGCUUCGGCUGGCCCAUGACGAUGGGGAGCCCGGCCGCAGUAAUAAACGCGCAGUUACAGAUCUUCGAUCUGGCGGCGAGGAAGCGGCGGCAGCGUCGACGUCUGUCCUCGAGGUUGGCGCUGGACGCCCCGGGGGGGGGGGAACCGUCGACACGUGGGACCUGCGCAAGGACGCUGGUCCUCUGUUGGAUGGCGCGAAGAGAGAUAUCCAUGCGUUCACUGACACGCUGACAUCGGGAUUGACGAAAUUUUUGUCGUCUUCUAUGCUUCAUUUCGGGACAGAUCAAGAUGAAGGAGGCCGUGAGAGGGCAACAGGAAGAAGGCAUGCAGAUGACGAUGAGGACGAAGACGACGACGAUGAGGACGAAGAAGAGGAGGAAGAGGAGGUGAUUGGCGUGACGGACGAAGUUGUGACCUUUGCAAAUAACAUCGGCAUGCAUCCAGAGACGUGGUUGGAUUUCCCGUUGGAGGAAGAUCCCGACUCGAGCACUUUCGAGCUGUCACCUGCCCAGGAGAGACACAUCAAAGCGCUCGAGUAUGAAUGCCCAAGGUUGGUGGCGUUAAGAAUGGAGCUUUGUUCGAACUACAUGACGGAGUCUCACUUUUGGAAGAUCUACUUCGUCCUGCUGCACUCUCGGCUGAGCGAGAGGGAGGCAGCUCUACUUUCCACCCCUCAGGUUGUGGAGGCAAGGCUGCGCCUGAUUGAGGCUUUGAAAAAUAAGAAAAACAAGCUUGCAGAAGAGCAGAGGGUUUUCGAAGCUAAGCGAAGAGGAGCGGGAUUCUCCAGUAUGGGUUCGUGCAGGGAAGACAGCAGAACGAAAGAGGUCAUGACACCUGAUCCGAAAGCGCAGGACGCUGCCGUCUUCGAGAAUCUUGAAGGAUUGCAAAGAGUUGCGUCUUUGAGUGAUCAGCCAAGAAUGCAGGAAACCAGUCGACAGCUGCCGGUGGGUUUGGUGGUGAAGGCUGAGUUGGUGAGGGAGGAACCUCCUCCGAAGAAGCAGGAUGUGGAAAAGGAAAUCAACGAAGAAUGUGUCCGAGUUGCUGAAGAAAGGAAAACUGGUGUUUCUGCUACUGUGGGAACGGGAAAAGAAGUGAUGGCGAAACAACCAACGUUCUCGCCUGCUGCUCCAAAGAAGAACUCAGCCCUGACUCUGCUUGAUGAUGCAGAGGUAGAUGAGUGGCUGGAAGAGGAGGGGAAGCAUAUUUCUUCUAUUGACGGAGGGACUCCCGCUGCCGAGGAUGAUGAGGAUGUAUCCUUCAGUGAUCUAGAAGAUGAAGAGGAAGAUGAUCGAGCGCUCGUGCCUCAACCAUCGGUGCCUCUGGCACUCGAAGCAGGUGAGAGGGCUGCUCUACCCACGGGGGGAUUGAAUUUGGGUACAAGACCUGGUGUGGUUGAGCAAGGCUACAGCAAGGGGCAGAAGCCGGGAGACGUGGGUUGGGUUCAAUUAAAGGCAGCCUCUGGGAGGGAAGAAAGAGCUGCGAAGGGUGGUGAGGAUGCGUCUGUGGCCACGUCGCAGACCGAGGACGAUGACUCUCCCAGUUCUCGGCAGCCGUCAGAGUCCAGUGAUUGGAUGACGGUUGAUGUGGAUGACGCCCAUUCAGGGCCUUGAAUGUGUGUUGCUGCUGUUGACAGUCUUUAGGCAAGUAGAUAGAUGUACCAUUCGCUUCGACUGCGCUUUUAACAGUCAAUAGGCAGGCAUAGGUGCCAUUUGCUUCGACAGCGUUGUCUUUUUCUAGUUGCGCACUGCUUAUGAUCUUUUGUGGAUCACAUGUAUUGCUCUCGCAUCACGUAUCUGUGAUGUCAGAGUUCCUCCUGUUAUUGUAUUUCGCACAGUUGGUUUGGGGUUCUUUACAUCCUCACGGACACUUUACUGCUCCCGGCAGUACAUGUCGAAACCACACCUUUCAUCUGGAUUCGCUCACUGGCCAGGUGCUUGUUUCUUUGGCAAGAAGGGAUGAAUUGUUCAGGGGGUGGGGCGCUUUCAAGUGCUUUCGAGCGGGCUACUGGCAGGGACUUUGUUUCUGACUCAAAGAUGUACCUGGGUUGCAAUUGUGACAGGAAAACUCUGAUGUGUGAUGCCAGGUGGUGGGCUUGCUUGAUGGGUUUGUGUGACUGGAUCCUUUGCUUAACUGGAAAGAAAACUCUGACAAGAAUGCAGAAGCGCAAUCUCUUGAGUCGAAGUCUGCUCCUCUGCAGUUGGCAACAGUUGCGCAGUCCUGUGCCAGAUAACAUUACGUUGACGGCCUUCUUGGGAAGAGGAGGCAUUUGUCUGUCCACUUUCGAUCGGAACGCUUGCAGGGAUUGUCAGAGCGAGAAUUGGCCUCACGAGGACCUUUUCUGACUGGCAGUGCUGGAGGCUGAUGGAAACGUCCGCUCUUUUGUGGAAAGAGGUGAAGAAUAAGCAACACCGGAUCGGUUGAGCAGCAGAUUGGCAGCGCGACUGGGGCACGUCAUGUAUGUGAAAAUUUCUGCGCGAGGUGAGUCUUGCGAUAAAGAUUUGAGAGUUUGUAUCGACUUCUUUGAAGUUCUUUCAGCUGAUUGGAGAGUGGUAUAUGCUUGUUAGUAAUUUCUGCCUUUAUAGCGAUUUGUUGGGAUAAAAAAUAUCGACGACUUCUCAAGAGGGGGUUGGGAGAGGGAGUUGCAUUCCGUGUGCUUGUUAUUCAACGUUCGGCGGAAGGACAAAAUACGCAGAGCAUUCAGGCGAGUGUGCUGGUUAGCAUUUCUAUUGCUGCACAUAGGAGGAUGUGUCGAACGCUAGCUGGAUGACCUCAUGAGGCGGUGUUGCUACUGUUCGGAAAGGAAAUAGCUGCUGAAUCUUGCCAGUGGCUGUCCUAUUGGGGUUGAUCAAGGAGCUGGUGUGUAAGCGGUGCACUCUGCUCAACCGGAUGAGGCUCUUCGCUUUGCAACUGUCAUGUUGCUGAAUAUGCCAGGUUCGCAUACUGGCUAUUGUGUUCGGGGGUCUCCCUGAGCAACGCGUAAUGAACAUUCUCUAGUUCCCUGAUGAUGCUGUUCCGGGCUCAUUGUCAGCUGAUGUUUCUUCUCUCCUACUCCUUGAUUUAGAUGUAGGAGAGGUCGGUGUUGACAUCUCGACUGAGGGUUUUACUUGAAUUCAUUGGAACCCAGGCGACAAGUCCUGAUGUUGUAUUGUACAGCUUCUUUUGGUUUCGCAUCCAUGUGGCAAGCAUUGACGCAGGAGAGACCAAAAGCCGUUUGUUGAGAGGGCAUCAUGUCUGCUGUUAUGGCCAAAACCAACAGCAUAGAGUCACAUAUGCUUGAUGCAGGGCAUCUUGUUCCACGUGUAAAUAACGAGUCACCAAGUUGUCUCGACCUCCUUUGCAGUGGCAGUGCCGAGCAAUCAAGAGCGCGGUACACGAGCGUACGUCCGGCGGUGCAGUGACCGCUCAUUCACAGCCAAUGUCGCAUGCAGCCGGCCUUCACCUUGGGACAGGAGGCUCUGGGCAACUAAGGGACACUGGUACAUGAACAUCUGCUUAGACUUUCCAGGGGCCCUUUCCCUAGCCAAUGCUGUGGGACCAUGGGUCCAUUGAGGCUUCGACUUGACAAGACCAAGCAACUGUCCUUAGAUCCCCGCAGUCCCUGCUGUAGCAGGUGUGGGACACGCUGCCGUUUGCACAACUUCACAAGGACAUGUGGUUGUCGUUGUAAAUGGCGGGACUUGUGGUGCGGAUUGACGGCAAGAAAGAGUGGAUAGAAGGACUUCUGUAUUGAUAUAAGUGCGGCUGAUGUUCGGGUUUGGAAAUGGUGUGCCCCGCUGUCUCUCUAUCACUGCGGGCGCAGACGGUGGCUUGGCCUACUUUGACAACAAGCAAUCUGCCUUCCUGAAGUGCAGGGCUACGUAGCUAACAGCCUUCACCCAACCUCGGCUGUAUAUUGCUUCAAUCAAUUUGCUGCAUUCUGGAGCUAAUGAUAUGCCCCCUGCUCUCCAGUUCAUCUCGCCGCUGCCCGCUGAUUACCCUGCGUGGACCCCAUGGGAAGUUGCACACAUGUUUUGUGUUGAAGGAGAGAGAGGUUGAUUUGUUUUAUGGUUGAUGGCCCAUGGACUGAGAAUGGGUGCCUUUGCAAAGUUGGCAUACAUGUGCUACCGCUGGGACGAGGUGAUGCGAAGAUGAUGGGAUGAAGAGGGACGCAAUGAACGAACUUGGCAUCAAAAUUCGCCUCCGAAGUGAGAAUGUUUCCAAGGCGUAGAACAACGUUGUUGGAAGCCUUCAUUGUCCAACAAAGGAAGUGAGAAUGUGCGGAAGCUGUCUACCCGUGCAGUCACAAUGGCUCGCUCUGCUUCGUGGGUGAUGGCUCAACGGUGAUAGACUUAUCCUGCAGCGUCCGUUACAUGACUCGGGUGUGUAACUGGCUGAACACUGCAGAUCUACGGUCAAAGACUCUGCUGUGUCACAUUGGAUUUCUCUUUGGUCUUUAUCCCUUUCUUGGUGCUAUUGCUGCUCGCAGAGCGCCAAAUUGGGUUUGUUGUUAAACUGUUGCACUUGCCCAGUAACUAACUCAGCUGCUGCUACCAACCAAGGGUAGAUGGGAAGCAAGCUGCUGUACAUUGGAGGUGCAUCAUUCUCAUCAUCGUUUUUGUGUAUAGGUACUGUGUGUGGAUGUGUGCAUGCAUGCCUGAGUACCUGCAUGUGCAUGUGUGUGUGUGUGUGUGUGUGUGUGUGUGUGUGUGUGAGAGAGAGAGAGAGAGAGAGAGAGAGAGAGAGAGAGAGAGAGAGAGAGAGAGAGAGAGAGAGAGAGAGAGAGAGAGAGAGAGAGAGAGUUCCAAAUUUGGCUGAUUGCCUCUUGCAUGGUUAAAUUCAAACAGGCAAGCGCUCGUAAGAAUGUGGUUGGCCAGAGUGGGUCAAAUUGUCAAGAAGGGCAUGGAUUAGAGAAAUUGCGACCCCUUUGUACACGACACGCACGGCACAUUCAGUCUGGAGGCCACUACGUCUAAAAGUGCUAGGAACUCCUAGAAUGUGGACCUCGUUGCAUAAUAAUGGUUAGCCAGCCAGGCAAAUCUAUGAGUAUCUUUGAUUCUGGUCAGCUGAGUGGGGGACUUGUAAUUGGGUGGAAAUUUAUUGUUUGACCACCGUAGGUCAGCUCCGAAACUUUGUGAUUUUCAACAUCUCUGGUGAGGCAAGGGAGAGGUCUAUGAAGUAGAGGUGUGGCCCUUGUUGACCCUGUGUAUAUGACACAUUCAGUCUGGAGGCUGUUAUGUGGAAAAAAAAAAUGGAGAUUGGGCACCUAGCUGCUGCAUAGUAGUGCAUAAUUCUGAUAAUCCAGGCAGGAAAAGUAUGACUUUCUCUGUUUCUGGCCAGCUGACUGGACUUGUGAUGGGUGGAGAUUUAUUGCUCGA